GGGAUUGGCGGGGCGCUGGCGGGCUGCGGUUUCCUUGGCAACGGCGCGCGCGGGCCCGGCCGGCGCGUCCCGGGCCCAGUUUAUUUUCAGUUCUACGCAGAAAGGGGCGCUGGGCGGCAAAUCCACGGCUACCACCAAAGCUUUUCGCUCUUUAUACGUUUUAGCAAACGAAGGCGUUGAUGAUCUUCGGCUGCAAGGUGAUCCCUGUGUAUCCGAGCCACAGCCAUGGGAUUGUUUGACAAGCUGGCGGGAUGGCUUGGGCUGAAGAAGAAGGAGGUUCAUGUUCUGUGCCUUGGCCUGGACAACAGCGGCAAAACGACCAUCAUAAAUAAACUGAAACCCUCAAAUGCUCAAACUCAGGACAUCGUCCCAACAAUAGGAUUCAGUAUAGAGAAAUUCAAGACUUCAAGUUUGUCUUUCACAGUGUUUGAUAUGUCAGGUCAAGGGAAAUACAGAGACCUCUGGGAACAUUACUACAAAGAAGGCCAAGCCAUUAUUUUUGUCAUUGAUAGCAGUGACAAAUUAAGAAUGGUUGUGGCCAAAGAAGAACUUGACACCCUUCUGAAUCAUCCAGAUAUCAAGCACCGUCGACUGCCUAUUCUCUUCUUUGCUAACAAGAUGGACCUCAGGGAUGCAGUGUCAUCUGUGAAAGUAUCUCAGUUACUGUCACUAGAAAACAUCAAAGACAAGCCCUGGCAUAUCUGUGCCAGUGAUGCUCUUAAAGGAGAAGGAUUACAAGAAGGUGUGGAUUGGCUCCAAGAUCAGAUGCAAGCAAUGAAGACAUGAGAGAUAAAUAAAAGAUGUGUGGCAUUCUUUUGCACCCUUUUUCAGUAGGUGUACAAGUUCCUUGAAAAGGAAGAACGAUUUAAAGAAGAUGAACAGAUCAGCUAAAAGAUACUGUAUUGGCUCAUUUCAAUUUAGUACCUCUUCCAGGAAAACUGAAUGUAGGCAAUAUAGCACCUCAGGUAUGCACACUAAUGAAUUAAAUUGAAUCUUGUGACUGGAGAGUGUAUUUAUAAAAAAAAAAAGAUUUGUGUUAACAAUAAACAUCUGCAUUCAUUUGAGUUUUAGGGGAUAAUUAGCCAUCAGUAAAUGCCCCUCUGUUUUUUGGGGGGACACCUUCUGAGGAAAUGGGAAUAUUUAUUUUCUUGAGAAAGAAUAAUCAGCACUUCCUGAAAUAAAGCAGCAUGAGAUACUUACUGAUUUAUGUGCCCAUUUUUAGGUAUUUCUGCAAACUUUUUUAAUUUAAAGUUUGACAUUAGCUUUUUAGUAACCAUCUGUAAUAGGCUUCUAGAAGAAUAUUUUGAUUAAAGAUACAAAUAUCCAGUGUAUUUGUUACAGAUGAUUGCAGAUGUUUUUAAGGAAUAGCUUUUAAUGAAGUGUUAUGAAUUGUUUUUGUGAUAUGCCAUGAUUUAUAUUUGCAUUCUCAUCAAUAAAACUUCAGAUGUACUACAUGACACGGUUGGGUUUCUUAACCUAAAUAUGCUCUUGGAUGGUCUUUAUGUCUUAAGGCAUGUUGGUUUUUCUGUUGCUUUCAUUUGGAAUUUGUUUAUCCAUUUUCCAGUGGAUAUAGCAUUGUAUACUGUAAUAAAAUGGUAUCUCUGUUGCCAAGCUUUUUUAAUUAA